GUCUCGUAGCAUCAGCGCUCUCAUUGUAUGUCGGCUGCUGAUGCUGAGCAGUAGCGGAGGAAAAAAAAACAGGGCCAUGGAUACGGUUUUAAAAACCUUAGGCCUUAAUACAUUGUGGAGAUUAAUUACACGCUCUACUGUCUACUAAGAUAAUGAGGAAGAGGAAGAACUGGAAACCUCGGGAAGUCUCUAUGAAAGCAUUGGAGGAGCUGUAGUAUUUGACUCAAUGGCGAAGAAGGGCCGUACCAAGGGCGAGAAGCCCGAAGCGCUCAUCUCUGCCCUACAGGCGGCUAACGAAGAUCUCAGGUCCAAACUGACUGACAUUCAAAUAGAACUGCAUCAAGAGAAAUGCAAGGUGAGUAAGUUGGAGCGUGAGAAGGUGCAAGAGUGCAAGCGGAUCCGGGAGCAGGAGCAGCACCGGCACACGGCCACGCUGACAGAGCAGCGAGCCAAAUGGCACGAAGAGAAGCAAAAAGAGCUCCAGGCACUCAGGGAGAACCUGGUCCGCCAGCACGAGCAGGAGCAGGCCCGGGUGGCCAAGAUCAAGGACCAAGAGAACCAGCGGCUCAAGGCGGCGCUGAGCGCCAUGCGGGACGGCAGCGGAGAGAAGGUGCGCACGGCGCUGACCCUAGAGGCCAAGGAGGAGGCACGACGCUUUUUCGACGUGGAGAGGGUCAAGCUGCUGCAAGAGAUCUCGGAGCUCAAGCAGAACAAAAAGCAGAUGGACGAGGCACUCAGCACCAUGAUUCAGGCGGAUAAGAUGAAGGCCGGGGAUCUGCGCUCCGAGCAUCAGAUGCAUCAGGAUCAGAUCUCCAAAAUCAAGUGGGACAGCGAGAAGGACAUCCGCAGACUGGUGGAUGAGAUCAAAUCCAAAGAGCGCACCAUCUUCUCUCUGGAGAAGGAGCUGGAGAAUGCCAUUGGCUUGCAGCAGAAGAUGCAGAUGCAAAAGGAUGCCCUGGAUGACCAGCUGUUCCUGGUCAAGGAGGCAGAGUGUAACCUGGGCAGCCCCAAGAGAGAGAUCCCCGGGCGGGCUGGGGACGGGGCGGAGCACUGUGGCAGCCCGGUACGACAUAGAAAGGCAGAGGGGAACUUGGAAAUGGACAUGCGCAGGAACCAGAGACGCAUGGCUGACCUCAACUCCACCAUCCGCAAGCUGGAGGACCGCAACUCACUGCUAGUGGAUGAGAGGAAUGAACUGCUAAAGCGUGUGCGGGAGUCGGAGAAGCAGUGCAAGCCCAUGCUGGAAAAGAACAAGAUGCUGAACAAGAGGAACGAUGACCUCAGCCAGACCCUGCAGCGCAUGGAAGAGAAACUCAAAGGCCUGGCCAAAGAGAACCUGGAGAUGAAGGAGAAGAUCAGCUCCCACCCACCACUGAAGAAAUCCAACUGUAAGUCUCUGAAUGACCUGGACCAGGCACACGACGACCAGGAGAUUGAGUUCCUUAAGCUGCAGGUACUGGAGCAGCAGAGCAUCAUCGACGAGCUGACAAGAGACAGGGAAAAGCUCCUGCGGAAGAAGAGGCAUAAACGAAGCAACAGGCAAAUAAAGAGGCACAUUGUAGUGGACACCUUCUUCGGAUACGAUGAGGAAUCCAUGGACUCGGAGACGUCCUCCGUGGCUUCAUUUCGCAUGGACCGCACCCCAGCCACUCCCGAUGAAGACCUGGAUGAGGGACUGGCUAACGAGGAGUCGGAGCUGCGCUUCAGGCAGCUGACCAGAGAAUACCAGGCCUUACAGAGGGCAUACGCCCUGCUACAGGAACAUCAAGGGGGCCUUCUAGACGCUGAGAUGGAAGCUAAGGCUCAGGAGCAGCUCCAUGCAGACGUUCUCAGGUACAAGGCCAAGAUAGAAGACCUGGAGAAGGAGCUUGCCCACAAAGGACAGGACUCCAAGUGGGUAGAGGAGAAACAGUUGUUCUUCAGGAGGAAUCAGGAGCUGCUGGAUAAGGUGGAGAAGUUGGAUGGAAAAUGUAGUCGACAGCAACAGGAGCUGCAAGAUUCCAAGGACCAGAAUGAGCUCCUGGAAUUCAGAAUACUGGAACUAGAGGAGCGUGAGCGGAAAUCCCCUCCGUUUAAUCAUCUCCGCAUGCAUCCGUUCUCCGAGGGUGUCAGCGCCCUGCAGAUCUACUGCAUGAAGGAAGGAGUGAAGGAUGUCUGUAUACCUGACCUGAUCAAGCUGCUAGACAUUCUGGGUGAUAACGGGAACUUGCGAAAUGAGGAGCAAGUGGCCAUUAUUCAAGCUAGCACUGUCCUCUCUCUUGCUGAAAAGUGGAUACAACAGAUCGAGGGCACAGAGGCAGCGCUGCACCAGAAGAUGAUGGAUCUGGAGCUAGAGAUGGAGAUGUUCUGCAAGCAGAAAGGCUAUUUGGAGGAGGAGCUGGAUUACAGGAAGUCAGCCCUGGAUCAGGCCUACGUGCAAAUCCAGGAGCUGGAGGCUACUCUGUACAACGCACUGCAGCAGGAUAAGGUGAUCGGAUACGGUGAGCCUCUCAGUGACAUGCAGAAGGAUGAGCUUCGUACGUCCGUGGAGAAGUUACGCAGGCAGAUGCUGAGGAAGAGCCGAGAGUUCGACUGUCAGGUCUUGGCUGAGAGGAUGGAGCUGCUCCACCAGGCCCAUCAGAGAAUCCGGGACUUGGAGGAUAAGACAGACAUCCAGAGGAGACAGAUUAAGGAUCUGGAGGAGAAGCCUGGAGAUUGUGUUUGUGACCGCAGUGGUUUUCACUUUUUGGCUCGUGUUGUAAUAGUGAGUGGUAAUGGACAUGGCUGGGAAUUCACACCUCUUUGAUUUGGGACCUCACUCUGGAGAUACACACCAUGUAUGCUGCACUGUCCUGGUCCUUGGAACAUGGAACUUCCCUAAACUCAGUGGGGUAACUGGAACUCAUAUACUCAUAUACUCAUAUACACUGGACACGCUAACACAAACAUACUGGAAACACACACACACACACACACACACACACACACACACACAAAUAUAGCACACAUACACAGGCAGACCAGGGGCACACACACAUCACAUGUGCACUCCCCCCCACACACACACAUACAUACACACACCAAACUCACUCACAGACAUCGUGGAAACCAAAUUCCGGGAGAUCUUAUCUCUGCCAUGCAGGGGAACACUAUACCACCUACCACCGUCCGACUACACCCAAACUACACCCAGAGGUGUAGAGGAAAGGAAAGGCUGCUGUAGGCUUCAUCAAUAGGCCUCACCAGGCUACAGAGGCCUUACUCCCUCCCUCCCCUCUCCCUCUUAUAAAUCCGAACAGACACUCGUAUGUGUGAACGCACCCCUUCACAGGAGCGACGAGACCUGACUCAGGGCCUGUGAGCAUGGUGACUGACUGAGCUGAUGGUGACUGACUGACUGUUCUCUGACCAGGAGACGCGGGACAUGGGACACUCAGGACAAUGUGUCUCCUCUGGUCGGAAGCAGAUCAGGGGACGGCAGAGCGAGAGAGAAGGAUGGGAGAGAGAGGAUCCACUAUGUGCUCACACACUGACCGGGCUUCUGUUUUGAGACCUUCACUUUCUUUGUUUUAAACCAGCGGACAGAGUGGACAUCUCUGGUUCUACUUCUUUUCCUUUCGGAACAAACCAACGGUCCCAGUCGAUCCCCAUGUACCAAGAUUUCCACAGAGAAAAAAAUACCCUCUCUAUAUACAUGUGUUGAUAUGUACAUUGUGUCUUGAUGAUUUCCUGUAGUUUCUUUCUUUCCUUCUGUGAAUAUGAACGCUGUCCCCUCUACAGUAGAGCUGCUCGGCAGUUUCUAAGUACCACAAUGUAUGAACUGCUCUGUUUAUUGUGGCGACAGCUGCAAAUGAACUCUAUUUCCUCGAUUGUACUGAACUUAAAAUAAUUGGCAUAAUAAUAUUUUCCUCCCCCCUUUUCCCUGUCACACUCCCUCUAUGUUGUACUCUUUCAAGAUAAUCAACUGUAGCCCACCAGCAGGAGUUUUGUGGUUUAUACUGAAUGAUGUUUAACACUCCCUUUAAAAGAACAGAACAAGCUGUAAAUUCUACAUCCUGGUUACCUACCUACAUCCUAAACAGCUUUCUGUCUGAUUAUGGUCAUUGUCAUCUCAGCAAAGUGACCAUGAAUACUGCACAGUACCUCUUGCAGCAAUGACGUGUCAUUUGCUUUGCUCUAUUUCACUAACACCUUUUUCAGCACCAUGGACACCACAGGGGUUAGUUCUAACCUUCCUACCCCCCCCACCACCCCCUUCUCCAAACUGAAAUAGGAGAAAGUUGAUGCAAUGUAUACCUGCCUGCUUCUCUCCUUUCACCCUGACUAUGUCCUGGUGCUGCAAUAUUAACUACCUAUCCCGUCCAACCGCCUCACCCACAUCCACCCGAGCUAGCUUCCACUCCCGACCCUAUUCAGAGGCCUAGGAACCUAAGGCAUCCCAUUACAUACCUGUACAUACACGAACGUGGCCCACUUCUGUUACGUUACAAUGUAGGGGGAAUGAUUGACACUAUUUUGGAGCAAACUCCGCUAACUAGCAAUUGCCUUAAAUGCGCUAUCCCCAUCAAUUUGUACUUUCUUUUUAAUGAUUGUGUUUUUGGUCCGUUAAUAUGAUUAUGUAACGUUGUACACUUCUGUUCACCGAGGACAUUGUUUUGUAAAUCUUUACCCUCCUGUUUUCCAAUGAGAAUUUAACCCCCUCCUCUUCUUUCAAGUAUAUAAAAAAAAAUAUUUAAAAAAGGGAUCAUGAUGAAAAUAAAAGUGAAUGGAGUUCAGUUUUAAGUGUCUGUGUUUUGGUGACAUUUUGUUUCCAAAUUUCAUUUUUGGUGGCGAUUGACUUUUCAGUGACCUGUCUUUACAGUGUGUUUCAGUUAUUCCAGCUCAACUAAUAGGACUAAUGGAAUCCUAUGGCACUGACUGAGGUGGGGAAGGAAAAUAGGGUCUGGUCAUUAAGGCGUAUUACUGUGUGUGAUGUGCUCUGCAUAUGUUACACUUGGCCAUCAAUUGGCAAGGGUUUCCAAAACAUUUCCCUCAUACUGUAGCCAUUACCUACCUGUAAGUUAGGGACACAAUUGUUUCUUUUUAUUUGCUGUACAUUAUCAACCUCACGUACUGUACAUGUGUUGUUUGAAUUAUGUUCUUUGUGUAUUAUGACCCUUUUUGAAUAGGUAAACAAUUGACAUCU